CCCAAGCGGAGCAAUCCAUUGGAUAUACCUGCAUGGACGAAAGAAUAAGUGGAUCGCGUUGGGGUUAGCUGCGAUUCUGCUGUACGUCGCUGCCAAGGUGGGGGAGGAGGAAGAUCUUAUAAUGCAUCGUUUCUAAAAGGAACAGUUGACAAUGACUGAAGGCACAUUAUAAUUAUCGUAAUGCAUCUUCAUCCACAUUGAAGUUAAGAUUUGCCUUUUCCUCCAUUAUGCUGGCUAUAAUUGUUAAGUUCAAUUGGAAAUCGCUCAAUUUCGACAGUAUCAUAUCUACCAAUCGUCAACAAAUACUCAAUAUAUUUUUUGUAAAGGCAUAACUAAAAAAUGAUGAUAGCCUAGUGAUGUGCCUUUAUCCUUGGUGUUUUAAUUUUACUAUGACUGAAGCAUCUUGACAUUGAGGAGAAAUUGUACAAGUAUAAAUUUUUUACCGUUACAAUUGCAUCAAAGAUGGACAGCUCGGAAUAUGAGACGAUCAGGAACAUGACUCUCCUCUUCUUCUUCGAGCGACUGAUGGACAAAGGUGGCCCACGCACAUUGCACGAUCUGAGCUGCCAGUUCGGGGCCAAGGGCUUUACGAAGGAGAUGCGGCAAAUAGCGGGAGGUUCACAAAGUGGCCUUAAGAAGUUUCUAUCGCAAUAUCCGGCUCUGUUCGCGAUCGACGGCGAUUACGUGUCCGUUAAUACGUUCCAACCGGUUGUGGAGGAGGAGAGCGGUAGCAAGAACGCAAUUAAGCGCGAUUACGCCCGCGAGGCCGUAGAAUACUUUACGAAUAAGCUGGUGCAAUACGGCAUGGGCAUCGAAGUGCCUAUCAAGAGCCUCCUGGGCCACCGAUCGCAGGCCUCGCCGGAGGUCAGGCAUAUAUCCGGUCAGCACUACAAGGAGUUCCGCGACUUCCUCCUCAAGUAUCCCGACGCGUUCGUAGUCACGGAGGAUAACGUGAUAUUGAAGCAAUACGAGGGCAUGAAGCUGGAGCGAUUGCUGGAGUUAGAGCCGGACAUCCCGAUCGACCCGGAGGUCACGGCGAAGCUGUUGGACUUCUUCUGCGUGUGCAUCGAGCAGAAAGGCCCGAUCCUGAUCGACCAGCUGUACAAUAUGGUCAACGACAAGUUUUCCCACGAGAGUUGGAUGUGCAUAUUCAAGACGCCGCAGGACCUGUCGACUUUCAUCAAGAUGUUCCCGGACGCGUUUCACGUGCAGAGCAACCUGGUGACGUUGAUCAACCGGUCGAAAUCUUCCGUCGCUCCGGAAUCGGCGACGGGUUCAGCCGCGAAGACGAAGGCCUCGAGCGGCGGUGGUGUCCGCAGUCAGAGCAAUAACAGCUUGACUGUGCACACGAACUCGCUGCCGAUCAUCCCACCGAGCAAGAUCCAGUUCUCGCAGCUGCCGCCGCCGGAGAACGUCUGCAACAAUUCGACUCAGCCGAACUCGCUGCAGAACGCGUACACCACUCCACCGCCCGUCGUCGAAAGCAAUAAUAACUCGCCACCGGUGAGUCUGCAGCAGCAGACCCUCAAGCAGAGGAUCAACACGCUCGUGAUGAAGACCCUGGCGGACAACACGGAGCGCGACCGCAGUCUGCAAACCGCGCAGAUGGGAGACGCCUGGAAACUGAAGGUGCUGCAGCAGACCAGGGUGAUCGCGACGCCGAGGGACAGUCUUCAGAUCAUAGAGGAUAUAAUCAAUCCUCGGAAGCCGCCUCCCGACGGCAAGGUGGUUAUCUCGUUCGACUGCGAGGGCAUCAAUCUCGGCGUCAAGGGCCAGUUGACCCUCGUCCAGAUCGGUACGAUGAGCGGCCAGGCGUACGUGUUCGAUCUGUUCACGUGUCCGAGUCUCGUUCAAGCUGGAGGUCUCCAGAAGCUGCUGGAACAUAAGAAUGUCGUCAAGGUGAUUCAUGACUGUAGGAACGAUAGUGUCAAUCUGUACAAUCAGUUUAAAAUUAUGUUGACGAAUGUUUUUGAUACACAGGCUGCUCAUGCAGUACUACAGUUUCAAGAAACGGGGAAGCCUGUGUACAAAGUUAAAAACGUUAAUCUGAAUACAUUGUGCGAUCAUUAUGGUGCUCCGUGUAAUCCACUUAAAGAACAAUUGAAGAACAUCUACCGUAAGGAUCAACGAUACUGGUCCCGGCGACCGAUGACUCGCGACAUGUUGAUUUACGCGAGUAGCGACGUUCUGAGCCUUGUGCCUCAGGUCUACAAUGCCAUGUCCAGGCUCAUCAAGCCGGAGGUACAAGGUCUGUUUGCAGAGCUGUGCGAAGAACAGAUUCAGAUGCACAUAAGACCGGCGGAGGUCAAAGCACGCAAGAAACAGCGAAAGGUCGAGACCGAGGUGGCGGAUUUGAAAAAGAGAAUGGAGGAAGCGACGAGCAAGAACAUCGUACUGAGUAAUCGCGAGAUUCGGCUCCUUCGAUACUUGGAUCUUACCGAGGACGAGAAGGAGAAGCUCAAGGGGAGCCAUAAAGUUGCGAAGAAACUGGAGAAGUUGGAAAAUAUGGGCCAGGAUAAGGCUGACAGCAGCGACGACGAUGACGAGGAUAAGACGGACGACGUGGAAUAUCCCAGCAUGGAAAGCUACACUUCGGAAAAUUCUCAUUCUGGUGGUAUACUGUCGCCACGCAACGCCGAUACUCCAAGCUUGACGGAAUCGAUGCAGAUGGUGGACGAGAUACUUUCGGACGGUCGGAUGGACAGGCUGGAGAAGAUUGAGAAAUUGGAAGCCAUACUCUCGGCAGUCACUAGCUCCGCGACUGACCAGCUUUCCGCCAACAGUGCAGAGGCAUCUCCUACUAAAUGCGUCUGUUCCUGCCAAGGCGACAAGACCGACAGCCCGCAGGCAGCUAUUGGGACUAGCGUGGCCUGUCAAACGCUUAGCACUGGUGAUAUAGUGAUUACUAGAAUCUUCAUCAGCGAGGAGGAGAAGGAGAGAGUAAGAUUACUGAACUCGCCAAAAAAGUAGGUAUUACAGCUGCUGUGAAAGUAGUAGAGAAGUUGCCAUUUAUAGGUUUUUAUAAAAGCGGACGUAUGCGAACGAGUAGUACGGAGGAAUUAAGUAGUUGAAAAAAUUUAUCUAUUUUAAUGUAAUAUAAAACGAGAUCUUCAUAGAGCAGAACCGGCGAAACCCAAAACGGAACAUGCUUUCUGUGCGUCUGCUCCCUUAAAAGUGUCUUAAACGAAUAGGCCUUGUUAUAUACAAAAGCCUUUCCGCGAUUCUGACGUUGUGUAGCGAUCAGAUUCCUAGGAAAAGGUCAAUUAAUUUUAUACGAGGAUGCACAUCGUACGUUUAGUAUAUCCGCCUUGAAGAUUAUCUUUCUUUUACGAGUUUUUAAGAAAGACAGAAUCAUGUUUUUAAUAACGGUGUAUGUACAAGCAGUGCGGACGAGAGAGAGAAAGAGAGAGAGAGAGAGAGGGAGGUUUCAACAGUUCAUAGAAUGCAACUUUUGUAACGGACCUUGCAUCUUGCGCAACGAUUCUCGUUAAUUUCCGGAUCAUCGGUACCGGUGAUUCCGGCGAAAUUCACAUGAGUCGACAAAGUGUCCUCGUACUGUUCGUGUAUAAAGGUAACGAUCGGCAACGCUUUCGAUAAUAGUGUCGCGAAAUUAAUGGGAUGCAUAUCAUGCUUGCUGAAACGAAAUAUUUUCCCGUGAAGUACUGCAUUAAAAUCGCUGAUCACCGCUCCUCGGUCUACCUUGCGCGUCACUCGAGACAAACGAAAAAUCCAUCGGCAGUAUAUUAAUAAUAAUAGAGCGUAACGGCGUGUGUCUAUCCAAUCUAUGCAGCGAACGCUUGCUCUCACGAGAUUUAAGAAGCUUGUGCACCACGCGAAGUGAUCUUACGCAGCCCCUCUUCCUUACACAUCGAUUACAGAUAUAUAACUUAUUUUCGUAUAGCUAUACAAGUGCCAAGUUAAUAUUAGAGUGUACAGUAAAAGAGACGGAUUAGACAGAUAGAUUUUAUAUUUCUAUUUAAUUACCUGCUUGGUGAAUAUAAUUAACGCUCGCACUUCCAAUGAGUGGGUUACAAUUAGAUAAGAUUUCGAUGUAUCUAUCAUUCGUCGUGUCACGGUUCGUAGAUCCACUUUCAAACGGCAUAUCAUUAAUACGUAAACUGCCAGUGUGUGACGAAGUGACGAUUUUCGGCGAGAGACCCCGACAAAAAUCCAUUGUCAUCGCGAAUCGCCGGUGUUUUUAGUGCAAUACUUUACACGCGGACAAGUAAGUAACACCAGUUCAAUAUCUCAGUCGCGUAAUUCCCCUUUUUAACUUGAACACGUGCAAUGAGAGAGAGAGAGAGAGAGAGAGAGAGAGAGAGAGAGAGAGAGAGAGUAGCUGUGGGAAAAGAAGUUACACAGGCGAUUAACUGACACAUUCUCACUAAUUCCCAUCGAUCAAGAGAAUGUGAGGCUCAAGUAAUAUCAAAUCGUGUUCGACUAUGUCUCGCGUUAUUCGUAUAUAAAGUAUGCCAGAAAUUGUUAUAUCUGGACAAUCUACAUGUAAAUUGUUUUGAUCCAAACGCCGAUCAAAACGCCGAUUACUAGCAAUAUUUUUUACAAAUUAAAAGCUCUCGAGAAUGCGGAUUAUGUACAUCGGAUGUUCCUUAGUAUUUUUAUGUAUAGACGUUUUAAUCAUACUACUUCAUUGUAAUUGAGAGAAAAUAAGAACUAGAGAAGAUAUAUAAUCCGCGUUGCUAUUAGGAAGGGCAAUUUAGUUGAUCGUGCGUAUAUUUAGAAUCUAAAUUAUUAUUCUCCGGCAGCUAUAUGCGUUACAUUCUACAACAUUUUAAUCAAGACAAUCUCGAUUUUUUUACUGGUGUGAAGAUGAUUCUCGAUAUACUGAAAUUUUCUGUUGAAAUUGUAUUAUAGCUUAUAGAAAUGAAUUGUAUUAUUGUUCGAUAUCAUAUACAAGUCCGAUAAAUAGUAUUUUCAUAUAUAAUUCUUAGUUUGAGUUAAAUUUUAUUCGUGUUAUGAGAUUUUAUUUAAAAAAAUGAAUUUAGUAGUUUAUAUUAUUGUAUAGACAAAUUUCUGUAUAUCGAUAAUCAUUUGUGUAUUUUAUUUGUCGAGUCCUUUUUUGUACUCAGAUUGAGUUUGACGUAACGAGAAGGACACUUGAUAGAACAUAUGAAGCUAUUACUCGUGCAAUUUGAAAUGAAAUUAAUUUUAACCGAAACAAUUUGUCACUCGUGGAUUUUUUCCUGGACUUUUUUUAUCGCUUGACUUCGAAUAUUUUCGCUGGAAAUUUAUUGCAAAACUCAAGCUAGUUUUAUAGUUCAGACGAGUGCAGAUGGUUGAAAGAAAAAAUUUAUAUUUAUACAGUAUUCGCUUGGUGAUAAUCUACAUUGUGGGUCCGAUUCGUUCGUUAUUUUAAUUGCUCUGGUCUUUGAAAAAGAAAAUGUCUUAAUGCCAUUCUAUAUUUAUUACUAUACAUUACGUUUUCUUUUUCAAUUAUCCAGGUGAUCAUGUCCUUGCGAACGAUAUUUUAAGCUUGGCCUAGAGAGUGUCAUCCGGAUUAUUUUAUAAUGCAUUUGUAUCGAGACGAUUAUAACAAUUAUACUAAACAAGGAACAUCACAAAAAUAUUUAUACGAAAGAAUGCUAAUUCACGUAAUUAUUAACAAUGACUAAUUCGUUACAUACCGAUGCGAAGUAAAGUCUAAAACAAAUGUAUG